GCCUCCAGGCUUAUCCCAAGAUGGCGGAGAUCCCCUUGUACUUUGUGGACUUGCAGGAUGACUUAGACGAUUAUGGGUUUGAAGACUGUGCUCCAGACUGUGAUAGCAUGAGAGUGACCGCCUUCUUGGACAUCCCAGGCCAGGAUAACCUGCCUCCACUCACUCGCCUGGAAAAGUAUGCGUUCAGUGACAACAUCUUCAACCGUCAGAUUAUUGCCAGAGGACUACUCGAUAUCUUCCGGGACUUCAGUAGCAAUGAAGAAGACUUCUUAACAGUAAUGGAGAUUGUGGUCAGAUUAUCAGAAGAUGCAGAGCCUACAGUGCGGACCGAGCUGAUGGAACAGAUUCCUCCCAUUGCCAUGUUUUUACAAGAAAACAGAUCAAAUUUUCCAGUGGUGCUCUCCGAAUACCUCAUACCUAUCGUAGUGAGGUACCUCACAGACCCAAACAAUCAGGUUAGAAAGUCCAGUCAGGAGGUGCUGCUGAUUCUUCUGGAACAGGAUCUAAUUUUCCAGCACGACAUUGAGAACAAAGUGUGUCCGAUCCUGCUUGAUCUCUCUGCCCCCGACAGUGACGAUGAAUACAAGGCGGAAGCCGUGAACAUCAUCUGUAAAAUGGCUUCAAUGCUGAGCAAGAGCACAGUUGUACGCCUGCUUCUCCCCCGAUUCUGUGAACUGUGUGGUGACGGGAAGCUCUUUCAAGUUCGGAAGGUGUGUGCUACCCAUUUUGGUGAUAUUUGUCAUGCCGUUGGACAAGAAGCCACCGAGAAGUUUUUGAUCCCAAAGUUUUUUGAGCUCUGCUCAGAUAAUGUUUGGGGGAUGCGAAAAGCCUGUGCGGAGUGCUUCAUGGCUGUGUCCUGUACCACGUCGCCUGAGGUCCGCAGGGCCAAGCUGUCGCCGCUCUUUAUCAGGCUCAUCAGUGAUCCCUGUCGAUGGGUGCGCCAGGCUGCCUUCCAGUCCCUGGGCCCCUUCAUUUCCACCUUUGCAAACCCCUCCUGGGCUGGCCUGUAUAUCCGAGAAGAUGGGACCCUGAGCAUCCGACCUCCAGCCCCGGACCGAGACUCCCGUUCUCCCCACCCAGGCAACUGUGCUAACUCUUUGUCAGCCCGUUCAAGAAAGCCUGUGCAGACAGAGCCAGACGUACCGCUGGAAGGGACGUCCAUGGAGAGCAGCCACUCCCUGCACGUGGGUCACUCUGCUGGCCCAACGCAACACCCCGCAGAAGGCUCUGCCGUGGCGGGAGACGGGUUGGCCAGGCUGUGCCCGGGGCCCAGCGCCUUCUCGAAGGUCCCUGGUGUGGAUGACCGCCUCACCAACGGCCACUCGGGACCGGACUCUUCAGCCCACCCGGGCAGUCCCCAGGACGGAUUCGGUAACUUCCUGUACUGGCGAACCCCUCUCCCUGACAUAAGCAAGGACUUGGAACUGCUCCUGGGCAAGGCUGGGCAGCAGGAAGACGUCCGCUGCAGCUCCGAAAUGGCGCAUAACAGCUGUGUGCCCAGUAGCGAGAUUCAGAGAGUCCUCGAUAGCUUGCAGGAGCACAUGGUGAACGACCCAGAUGUCCAAGCUCAAGUUCAGGUCUUAUCAGCCGCACUGAGAGCCGCACAGCUUGACUCGGUGAGCGCGUCCCAGAGCAAACCGGCAGGAGAUCUAAAUGAAGUGUCUGCGGCGGACCCCCGCUCCGCCUCUGGAAGUCAGAUGGAGCUGUCUGCCUCCUGUUCUCUGGACGCGCUGGGCACGGCCAGGAUAUUACAGAGCACAGGUCCAGACGGAGACUGUGACGGGAGCAGCGACCCUGUGCAGGCUGAGCUGAGGCGCGACCCAACCCCACACGAGGAGAAUAAAUCUAAAUUACAGGACAUCAUCCCUCAGCCCCUACUCGACCAGUACGUGUCGAUGACCGACCCAGCUCGCGCACAGACCGUGGACACCGACAUAGCCAAGCACUGUGCAUACAGCCUCCCCGGGGUGGCGCUCACCCUGGGCCGGCAGAACUGGCACUGCCUGAAAGACACCUACGAAACGCUGGCUUCCGACGUACAGUGGACAGUGCGUCGGACCCUCGCCUUCUCCAUUCAUGAGCUGGCUGUGAUUCUUGGGGACCAGUUGACGGCAGCCGACUUGGUGCCCAUCUUCAACGGCUUCUUAAAGGACCUGGAUGAAGUGCGCAUUGGGGUCCUUAAACACCUGUACGAUUUUCUAAAGUUGCUUCACACAGACAAGAGGAGAGAAUAUCUUUAUCAGCUUCAAGAAUUUGUAGUGACUGAUAACAGCAGGAAUUGGAGGUUUCGAUAUGAACUAGCAGAACAGCUGAUUCUGAUUUUGGAACUCUAUAGUCCCCAUGAUGUGUAUGAUUACCUAGUGCAUAUUGCCUUAAAGCUGUGUGCAGAUCAAGUUUCUGAAGUUCGGUGGAUCUCCUUCAAACUAGCUGUCGCAAUUCUGCGCAAGUUCUACUCCAACAGCGAAAGUGCCUUGGGGUUAAACUUCAUCAGCGAGCUCAUCAUAAGGUUCCGGCACUGCCCUAAGUGGGUUGGAAGGCAAGCUUUCGCUUUCAUCUGUCAGGCGGUGGUGAGUGCCGAGUGCAUCCCUGUGGAUCAGUUUGUGGAACACUUACUCCCCAGCCUCCUCAGCCUGGCAUCGGACCCUGUGCCAAACGUACGGGUUUUGCUAGCCAAAGCUCUCAGGCAGACACUGUUGGAAAAGGCAUAUUUUAGAAAUGCCGGUAACCCUCAUCUUGAAGUCGUGGAAGAGACUGUCUCAGCCCUGCAGUCAGACCGGGACCAAGACGUUUCCUUUUUUGCCACCCUCGAACCAAAGCGGCUGAAUAUUAUGGACACCGCUGUGCUGGAAAAACGGGACUAGCUACUCUGGCCAACCACAAUCUGGUCGUUUCAUGCCGGGCACAUACUGCUUCGUAACUUCAAGGGAACUAAUGAUUGCAUCGUACCUGCUGAGAGAGAAGGAUUUCUUAAACUUUCUAACAAGCACUCACAUGGCCCCUUUUGCUCCCGUCUGCAGCCCCAAGGGGUGACCCAGGGAUCCUGGGCCUGCUCUGGGCUCCCCCUCCCCGAAAGCCUGAUCAGUAGUAGUCUGGGAAAGUUUGCAGAACCAGGUGGCUCAGCGUGGGGGGAACUGUAGGCCAUCAGAUGGUCUGCUAGCGAUUGCCCUCCUCUGUGACAUACAAUUUUAUUUAAAGCCCUCCCCCCUCAAUAAAGUGGUUUAUUAUAAGCUUUAAAGUCCUUCACAGACUUCCAUAUUCGGCUUCCCUAUAAAAUAUGGUUUAUGGUGUUAUCUUUUAUCUUUAACUGGAAUACUGUACAUAUGUAAAUAACUCUCGACAGGAAGAAAUAUAUUAAUGUAACAUUUACCCUCCUAUCAGUGAACAGAACAAAUACAUCAUUUAAAUUUAUGUUCCACUUGGAGUUGCUGCAAAUAUAGCCCAAUUUGUUUGUUUUGAAAAAUGUGAGUUUUAAAAAAAUCUACUAAAGAACGAUUUAUGGCAGUCUUUCUGAUAUUGUACUUUGAUUAUGAACUGUAUGUACUCGGAACUUUUCCUCAAGCACGCACCCUCUUCCCUUCUUCAGGGACGGUGUCCAUAAAUAUAUGUAUUCGCUCUUGAUAGAGGCUUAAAGUUAAAAGAUUUUUCACUUUUAUAUGGAUAAAUUAUCAUACCUUUAAGAGGGAAAUUGAUAAAUUGAAAUGCAUGGCUACUGACUUUAUAUCUCAUGCUUUAGAAUCUUCACAAAAAUAGGAAACCAUAGUUCUCAUCAGUCCAUAUACUUGUUCCACAAACACCAGUGGUUUUGGAUGUUAAAUUAGGAUACUCUUCAAAUUGACUUAAGUGCACGGAACUUAUUUCAUGCUUUUAAAUUUUAGACUAAGAGAAAGAUGCUCUAGAAUUUAAACAGGUUUGUCAUUAAUUAACACUUCAAGAUUCUGUAAACAUUUGGUUGAUUUCUGCAUACAUGUAUGCUCAUGUUACUUUUCUUAUUUCUGUUUCCAUGUUCUAAAGGCAGGGAUAAGGGAAGGAAAGAGGAGCGA